GAGAGGGAGAGCGAGAGAGAGAGAGAGAGAGAGAGAGAGAGAGAGAGAGAGAGAGAGGGAGAGGCGCGUGAUGGGUGACGGGUCGGUGUACGCGGUGGGUGUGCGGGAGGUGCGUGCGGGAUGGUGACCGAGAAGUGCACAGCCGCCCCGGCCAGCUGCUCCGCGCUGCACUCAGCGGGUGCUCAGCGGGAUGAACGAUAAUCAGCCGCCGUGUUGUGGUACAAACAUCAACAUGCAAGAGUCCGGACACGCCGAGCGUGACCGCCUCCUGUCCUGACAGCCCUGCGGCGCCGUCCGACACCGUGACGGAGACGUCCGCUGCCCGCUGGCGUGGUCGCAUCCGUCCCGCAGGCUGCCCGGGUCGGUGUGUCCCUCGGACCAGACAUCGAUCCUGCCCGGUGACGGAGCUGUCGAGCUGACUGGCGUGCGAGACAGAAAGACACUGAUGCUCUUCCCCCUCUGUGGAUCUGUGAGAUCACCUUUACGGUUCACCUUGGAAAUUUAAGAAAAAAGACAGAAAAAAACAGAAAAACGCAGGAAAGGUUGAUGGAUCACUUGCAGCAGAAACAACUCAACACCGAGCCUUGCGGGCCCAGAGUGGAACCCGGCCCUUGCGCGUUUAUCGGAGGCCCACAGGUCAAAAUCAUGGAGCCUCCUCUCAUUGGCCCGUCAGAGGUGCUUAAUAAACAGUCUAGAUUGAGCCCUAUGCAGGCCGCAGUUGCACCUGUGAAAAUGACAGAACCAGUGCAGUCAGUGCAGCCAAAGUCUGGGACCACCCCGACAACGCUCGCCAGCAUCAGCCGGCCAAGACCAACCGCUCUUGGAACUAAACCUGCUCCAAAGACGACCAGGAUCUCAGUGAACCCCUCCAAGGAAAUAGAUUUGAUCCCAGUUUGCAUCCCAGGACCUCAGAGUGCCAACGCCCUGUCGCAUUCGCCAACAGAGUCCUCCCCCUCCGCCCUUCACAGUCCCCACAGUCCUCACAGUCCUCACAGUCCCCACAGUCCCCACAGCCCUCAGUCUUACACCAGCCAGCCUUACCUGAGCCCCAACUCCAGCCUCAGCCCGAAACCAGGCCUGAGUCCUCAGCCGCAGAGGAGCCCCUCACCGGGGAGCUCAACACAGAGCCAAGCACAGUCCGAGAAGCCGGGAGAGAACAACGACUUCAGGGUCUACAUCGUCACAUGGAACGUGGGAUCAGCUGUCCCGCCAGAUGACAUCACUUCUCUGUUCGGACCAAAUGUCUCCGAUGGGAGCGUUGACAUGUUUAUCAUUGGACUCCAGGAAGUGAACUCCAUGAUAAACAAGCGGCUGAAGGAUGUGCUUUUUUCAGACCAGUGGAGUGAGCUCUGCAUGGACACGCUCAGCCCUUUUGGAUACGUUCUGGUGGCGUCCCAGCGUAUGCAGGGAGUGCUGCUUCUGGUCUUCUCUAAAUUCUGCCACCUUCCGUUCCUCAGAGGUGUGCAGACAGAGAGCACGCGCACAGGGCUUGGGGGAUAUUGGGGAAAUAAAGGGGGCGUCAGCGCGAGGAUGACGGUGUUCGGCCACCCGCUGUGCUUCCUCAACUGUCACCUGCCGGCUCACAUGAGGAACCUGGAGCAGCGGAUGGAGGACUUUGAAAGCAUCCUGCAGCAGCAGCAGUUUGACGGAGGGACGGCCACCGGUGUGCUGGACCACGAUGUCGUGUUCUGGUUUGGCGAUUUAAAUUUCCGUAUAGAGGACUACGACAUCCAUGUGGUGAAAUGUGCCAUCGACAGCAACAAGCUGCCUCUUCUGUGGGAGCGAGAUCAGCUCAACAUGGCUAAAAGCACAGAGUCCAUCCUGGAGGGCUUCAAUGAGGGACCACUCAAGUUCCCCCCUACUUAUAAGUUUGAUGUGGGGACUCAUACGUAUGACACCAGUGCUAAGAAGAGGAAACCUGCCUGGACAGAUCGCAUCCUCUGGCGCCUUCGUCGCACCGGCUCCCCAGUUCCUACCCACAAUGCAGCACUGCAGCGGGGUCUGACCUCAUGGUUGGGUGGGGCGACCAAAGUGACACAGCAUGUGUACCGAAGUCACAUGGGCUACACCAUCAGUGACCACAAGCCUGUUUCUGCCCUAUUUUCACUGCAUUUCCCUUUCAAGGUGAAUACGCCUCUGGUGGAGCUGCAGGUGAACAGGGAGUGGAGUAAAGUCUCAGAUGCUACAGUCAGAUUCACUGUUGCGGCGACUUAUCAGCGCAGCUCAUGGGACUGGGUAGCAAUAUACAAGGUCGGGUUCAGACAUCACAAAGAUUACCAGGCUUACAUCUGGGCCAAGGGAGAGCAUGCGACACAGGUGACAUUUGCAGAGGAGGAUUUGCCAAGAGAUGACUGUGAAUACAUCCUGGGCUACUACAGCAAUAAUAUGACCAGUAUUGUCGGACUGUCAUCACCAAUUCAGAUCAAGAUUCCAGUCCACAGCCCCACUGUGCAGCGCUCCGACAGCUCGGACGUCAGCUCAGAAGAUGACAGCACUCUGGUUCUGCUCGCACUGAACUCCCGCAGCCCGAGCCCUAAAACUGGCAAACACCACCAUCGUCACCGUCGCAGCCGCAGCCCCGCUGUCCCUGCUCUCUCCUCCAACCCCCUUCCCUCCCUGCAGGGCCUCAGCCUGUGUCCUCGCCCUAAAGAAGGCCAUUCUCGCAGCCGCUCGCCCUGCUCGGCUGCUAAGAAGGAGCGACUGGUCUCCCCUGACACCGUGCAGUCUCCCUCUAUCAGCCCGCUCAGCCCCCGCAGCCCUGUGUCUCCGGGCGGAGGCGUGACUGCCCCGGAGGCCCUGGUCGCUGCCAUCUUAGGCGAACACAGACCAGCUCAGGUUAGCCCCACGGGGGUCAAACAGAUAGGAAAGACAGGAGAAGCAAACACUGGAUAGAAUCUAAACAUCAGUAGUUGAAAGGAGGCGCCGUGCAGGGAGAACGACAGCAGUAUCCACGCAUUCAGGGUCUGAUCUGAUUCCCUCUGUGCUCGUAGACGCGGCACAUUUAAUGACUCCUAAUGUAGUUUGCGAACAUUCCGCGUUGUAGCCCUGCAGCUCUCUGUCUUCUGAAUCUGCCAUCAUCUCAUACACUGUGUGUAUCCUGGGGUCAAAGACGUGUCCAGACUCCCGAUGACAAGUGCUUUUAUAGACUCAUAAGCUAUAUCAUACGUAAACAAACAUAUUGAAUGUGAAACCAAAGUCUGAGUAAACCUGUGGCGGACGCGAGCGGUCGUUACUGACAGCAAUAUGGAUCCAUGUAAACAGUCUGUGUGACUAUAUCAAAAUGGGGACUCCGGACCAUACAUGUCGAUGGUGUUGAGUGUGCGUGUGUGUGUGUGUGUGUGUGUGUGUGUGUGUAUAGUGUAGGUCAAUGUGAUAAAACAUAAAUUAAAUCUGUACAUUUUGGACCAGAUGAUGGUUUCAAAUUCUCACUCUAUAGUUCUUGGCCUGUAUUCAUAAAAAAUAAAUGGAAUGCAUCCGAGAGCAUUUCACCACUUCAGUCGAUCUGAAACGUGCCUGUGGCCGUCUGACUCGAACAGUAAUCUUAGAUCAAUGCUCUUUUUUUCUCAGCAGCUUUGUGAAUACAGCCCUCGUCCUACAGAGAUCAGUGACUGGAUGUUUAGGCUAAUGUGUUUGUUUUUGUUUUUUUGCUUCAAGGGAAAACAAAAAAAAAAAGUGUCAUGUAACUGUGUGAGUGUGCAAAUAAAACAGUGAAAAAUGAA